AUGGCGGGCAUUCUUCUUGCUGGAGCGCCCAUCCUCGUGCUGCUCUUCGUAGCCAGGACUCUAUGGCAGUAUGUGGCGGCGUUUCGCAAGGCGGCGAAGCUCGAAAAGGUGACGCCCAUCCCGGUCGUGAGGUCCUACAUACCCCCGCAAACCCCCAUUCUGCAGCUCCUAGAACCGUAUUUCUCGCCCUGGAUGUUGUCGCUACCCUAUAUGUUGCGGCACUGGUAUGAGUACUGCGGCCACACGGCGGCUUGGAGUCAUAAGGGGCGGCUGCCACGCGAAGAGCUCGGGUCCGAUGUGUACUGGGUCGUAGGCCUGGAGGGGAGACGGCUAUACGUCCAGGACCCUGAGGUGAUUUACGAGAUCACGCACCGAUGGCGGGACUUUCCUAAGCCUAAGGGGUACUAUAGUGACCUUAGGUUGUUUGGCGAGAAUGUAGUUACAGUGGAGGGAUCGGAAUGGCAAUAUCACCGGCGUAUUAUCACCGCGUCAUUCACGGAGCCGACGAUGAACCUCGUUUUUGUCGAAGCACAACGGCAAAUGGCUAGCCUGAUUGAUAAAAUUGGCGGGCGUCAAUUUACCCCAGCCUCUGUCAUGAGUAAGCUCUCCACGCACAUGAUUGCCGGCAGCGGCUUUGGCCAGUACAUGGACUGGUCGGGUACGGAUCUCCCAUCCUCUGGAUCUAAAGGCCUCCAAGCGCAUGAGAGGGGAAAGCCUACCACGCUCGCCAGCGUUGUCGAGGCGUUCGGCGAACACCUACUCCCCAUGAUCGUCUUCCCAGCCUGGCUGCUCAAAAGCCUGCCUUCGCCGACCAUGAACAUGGUUGGUAACAGCAAAGAGAACUUCGAGACGCUGGUCAGGGCGAUGAUCCAAAAGAUCCGCGACGCCUCGCAGAAGGAAAAGGAUGCCAGCCCGAACGCGGCACGUAAGAGCGACCUCCUGAGCAACCUCGUCAACGCGCCCUCGAGUGUGUCAGGCGGUACGUUCAGCGAACAAGAUAUCAUCGGCAACGUAUUUGCACUGUCGUUCGCCGCGGAAGAGACGACAUCGAGCGCGCUACAGACGGGCCUGAUUCUGCUGGCCAUCCACACAGAUAUCCAGGGGGCGCUGCAGGCCGAGGUAGAUGCCAUCUGCGCCAACAAGGCUGCCGGUGAGCUUAUGGACUACAAGACGGACUGGCCCAAGAUGAGGAACCUGAUGGCCUUUAUGCUCGAAGCCCAACGUACCCAUCCUAGCUUCCCUGCCCUUCCUAAAGAGGCCACUACGGAUCAGCAAAUCACUUACCGCGGCCACGAUAUUGACAUCCCCGCUGGCACCAUCAUCCUCUACGAUAUGGUGGCGCCUCACUACGACCCCAGACUCUGGGGUCCCGAUGCCAGCGCCUUCCGGCCCUCGCGCUGGCUCAUGCCGUCCGGCUACGAAGCUCCUCCGAAGUCUGUUAACCACUGCCGUGACCAGCGCGACAUGCUGUGUCCGCCGCGCGGCGCGUUCGUCGCGUUUUCCGAGGGCUACCGCAACUGUCUCGGCAAGAAGUUUGCGCAGGUCGGCUUCUGUACGCUGUUUGCAACGCUGCUGCGCACGCACUCGGUGGAACUAGUGCCACAUGGGGACGUGGCGGACGAGAGCGAGGCGAAUUGGGAGAGGACGAAGGGGGAGGCGGCACGCAGGAUAGAGAACAAGACUCUGGUGAUUUCGAUGAGGAUCAGCAAGGAUGUGAUGGUAAGAUUCGUGAGGAGGGGGACUGAAAGGUUUCCUCCCCGGGCGGCGAAAGUGUAG